AUGGCAGCAGCAACAGCUUCACCGGUCCGCCCGCAUCAACAUGGCCUCACGGCGGGAGAUUGGCCGGAUGAGCAUCUCAGUGCCAGGCGUCGCUCGGUUGGUGGUGGCCAGGCGCAUGUGCGAGAGCAGGGAUUGAAUACUGGUGUUCGGGUGAUGGAUGACGGACGAUUGGAUAUCAAGUUUCGCGAACAGAAGCCCUGGCUGCUCAAUCUGAUUAAGCAUCUGGAACGACCGUCGGUUAUGUCGAUAGAAGGACAGGACACGUUUCCCUUGCGUUUAAACGUCGUUAUCCACGUGGUGGGUUCUCGCGGUGACGUGCAGCCAUUCGUCGCGUUGGGAAAGGAGUUACAGAAGCAUGGACACCGGGUCCGACUGGCUACCCAUCUCGCCUUUCGUGAAUAUAUCAAUGAAACUGGGCUGGAGUUUUUCAACAUUGGGGGCGACCCAGCAGAAUUGAUGGCGUUCAUGGUAAACAAUCCCGGUUUGAUGCCGGAUAUGCGGACGAUUCGCAGCGGCGCGAUCCCAAAACGCCGUCGUGAAAUGAAGGCUAUUUUUUCCGGGUGCUGGCGCUCGUGCUUUGAGACUGGGGAUGGGACGGGCAUGCAUCAUAUCAAGGAGGAUCCGUGGAGUGAGGCUCCAGAUUGCACCAGCCAGCCGUUUGUCGCCGACGUGAUCAUUGCGAAUCCACCUAGUUUCGCGCAUCUUAGCUGUGCAGAGAAGCUGGGAAUUCCGGUAAACAUGAUGUUUACGAUGCCAUGGUCGGCGACACAGUCAUUCCCCCAUCCAUUGGCCAAUGUCCGAGCGCGUAAUACCAAGCCAUCCGUUGCGAAUUUCGCGUCAUAUGCGAUUGUCGAGGUGAUGCUAUGGGAAGGACUUGGCGACCUGAUCAAUCGCUUUCGGAAGAGGGAGCUGGGCUUGGACCCCUUGGAUGCCAUCCGGGCUCCCAGCAUCGCACAUCGGUUGCGUAUACCAUAUACCUAUCUUUGGUCUCCAUCCCUCCUCCCCAAGCCGCAGGACUGGGGUGAAAAUAUCGACGUGUGCGGGUUCCAGUUCCUAGCCAGCGACACGAACUACAAGCCACCCGACGAUCUCGAUGCAUUCCUUAAAGCAGGCGACCCCCCGGUGUAUAUCGGUUUUGGUUCCAUUGUAGUUGACAAUCCCGCUAAACUGACCGAAAUUGUAUUCGAGGCUGUCCGUCUUACAGGGAAGAGAGCGCUCGUGUCGAAGGGAUGGGGCAAUAUUGGAGAAGGAAGAGCGGAGAUUCCCGAGAAUGUCAUGCUGCUGGGCAAGGUUCCACACGACUGGCUUUUCCAUCAUGUUUCAUGCGUCGUUCACCAUGGUGGUGCAGGCACCACUGCUGCCGGGCUGGUCCUGGGUCGUCCGACGGUAAUUGUACCCUUCUUCGGUGAUCAGCCGUUCUGGGGAUCGAUUGUGGCGCGCGCAGGCGCUGGACCACAGCCCGUGCCAUAUAAACAACUGACCGCAGAGAAACUAGCAGAAGCAAUCAACAAAGCUCUAGAGCCAUCUACUCUAGAAAAGGCCGAGGAGAUAGGCAAAGGCAUGCGGACGGAGAGGGGUGUGCAAAACGCCGUCUGCAGCUUUCAUCAACAUCUCGAUUUGCGCAGGCUGCGGUGCGCUAUAUGUCCCACCCGGCCGGCGGUAUGGUGGCAUAAACAUCUGCACAUCAAGUUGAGCACAUUUGCGGCAGCCGUUCUGGUAGAGGCUGGGCUUGUGGACCCGCAUAGUCUUGAACUGUAUCGCUCUAUGCACUACGACACGAACCGUGAUCCGCGAGGACCGCUUUCCGCCAGUGCUGAGGUGCUAUAUGGGGUUGUCAGCGGUUUCAUCAGCGGUCUUGCCACUGUGCCUACAGACCUGGCUGGAAUGCUUUCCAGGGAAAACCGCAAAAGAAAGCGUCACAAUCACCAUCGCCAUAUCGGUGACCGAGAUUGGAUAAAGUCACAUUGUGCCGCAGGCCUAGCGCAGGCGAAAGCACAAAAAGGGGAGGGGCCUUCCAAUUCCCAUAUCAAUGGCGCCAGUCGUCAAGACCGAUCUGAGAGCGAUGAUGGGUCAUCCGCCUCAGAACCGGGGAGUGAAAGCGAAUAUGCUUCAGCCGAGGAAGGACAGUCAGGCAGCAGUAGUGCAGAUACAGCGGUUGAUGACUCCGAUGCCGAUAACGCUGCGAAUGAACUCGAUCUUGAACGCACGCUGACUCGCAAACAAGCUACAGAACAGAAAAUCGGUGCGCAAGAGAUUCUAGCGGAAACAAGCUAUCACACCUCUAAGUUUGCCAAGCAAGUGCUUAAUUAUGCUAUCAUGUUACCCACCGAUUUGGCGCUGAGCUUAGCCAAGGGCUUCCAUAACGCACCAAAGCUGUAUCAUGAUACAACGGUGCAACGGAUCCCGAGAGUACGCAAUGUGAAGAGUGGCUUUCGAGCAGCCGGGAUCGAAUUCACAGAAGGAUUCUACUAUGGCAUUACCGGCCUUCUGACGCAACCUGCUCGGGGCUUCCAGAAGUCCGGUGGUAGAGGCUUGGUAAAGGGCGUCGGGAAGGGUAUGGGUGGUGUGUUCUUGAAGCCAGCUGCAGGCAUCUGGGGACUAGCAGGCUUCCCGCUGGACGGACUACACAAGAGCCUUCGCAGUUCCCUAACAAAGAACAAGACGAAGUACAUCUUACGGUCGCGACUAGAACAAGGCAUCCAGGAGAUGUGUGCCUCAUCAGCAGAGGAGAGAGCUGUCGUGGUUAAGAAAUGGCGUGAGCUGGAAAAGAACCAUCCUCGGAAUCAGGAUGGCCACGCUCAUUAGCAAACUGCAGAUACCCUUGAGAUAUGUAAUUAUACCUAU